ACGCCAUGUCGUGGUCGAGGCGUGCAGUGGGCACGCUGGAGAGUGCAUAUUAGACGGCGUGAGGCGCUCAAGCUCGAGCAUUCGCCGACGAGCGGUCGGUGAGGUCGGUGUCCAAGUGUUUUCGCGUAUCCGCGGCCUCGUUUUCGUUCGCGUACUCUGAUCCCGAAAUUUGACAAAUUUCAUCGGACCACGUAACAGUGAGGAAUAUUAAUUGAAACGAACGAACGCGAGCUACGUAGCAGGUGGUUCGAACGGGGAAACUAUGUGAAUUUAUUGUCACAAGUGGAUAUCAGCGUGUUGGCGCAGUGGCCCGCGUGUUUGCUCGCGGCGCGACCUUAACGUCGUCGUCCGUCGACAUAAUAAUCAUCCUGGUCCAGGAGGCGCAGUCGAAUCGUCCAGGCCAGCCUGGAAAGUGUUUUCGAUAGGAAAAAAAAAGAGAAAUCUCGUGAACGAGAAAGUGGCAUUUUUGAACAACACUCUAAGUGUAACUCCGUUAUUUGGUGACAAACUAUAGUGUGACGUUUCUGGUGAACGUCGACGCGAAAGAAGAAGGGUAGGUCGCCGGUGGCGACACCGCGGCAAAUUCCAGAAAUCUGCAAAACGCGGAAAGCGGACGGCGCGGUUGAUAAUGCGCGCCAACUACCGGUUUCUACGUUGCAAAAUCGUCUGAAGACAGUCGGUGCCGGCUUCGUGAGAGGAUUACGACGAUCUACACCGGUGAAUCAGAAUCCGAGAGCGACAUUUCGAAAGAUCGAUGUGUCGCCGAGUCUAAAAAGGUGGCUGUUACUCAACGCAGUUUAUCGCGCCGUUGGGGAGCGUGCUCGGAAUAAACGUCGCGUUUCAAACUGCUCUGUGAAGUUGUCUCUAUAAGUUCGAGCGUGAUUAGUGGAUGCGCGACAAUCGUUCACCGAGUGCAGUGGUUUUUACGAUGCCAGUAAAUAAAAGACAGAAUUAUCAAGGAAUCAAAUCGCGAUCAAUCUUCUGUUAUCGAAUUUAACGAGAAACGAAAUGAUCUGAAGCUUGUUCCUAAUCGAACGGGCUUCUGUCGAGAUUAACGGUUCUCUUUGUGUAAACAUUGACGGACUUGCAAAGCUACCUUGACGCUCGUUCCUUGCAAACAGUUUCUUGCCAUUUUUCUCUACAUGUGCGCGAUGUGAAUGGAUCUUGUACGGUGAAAAGUAACGCGAACAGUGUUGUAUAAAGGACAGUAUAUAAUGUACAAGGGCGGUUCGAAUGACACCUAACAUCCACAUCUGAUGACAAACGUCAACAGAAUCAGGGUGGUCGUCCUCGGCGGCCCCAGAGUCGGAAAAUCAGCUGUGGUCGUGCGCUAUUUAACGAGGCGAUAUAUCGGCGAGUACAGCUCAACCAGUGAUUUCCUGUACCGGCACAGCGUUACCAUCGAUAACGUUAAUACCGAGGUCGAGAUACUGGACACUUCCAGGUGCGAGGAGAAUGGCUGUCUCUACUCUCACAUAAGAUGGGGCGAGGCUUUUGUAAUCGUUUACAGCGUGACGUGUAAACGAAGUUUUCAGGAAGCUCGCGGUUUAUUGAAGCAACUUGCGGAUCUACGUUUGCCAUCCUACUUUACAGCCCUGUUGCUUGGCAAUAAGAGAGAUCUGGAUCAUGCUCGAGAGGUGUGCGUGGACGAGGGUCAGCAACUAUCCCUGGCCCACGGAUGUCAAUUCUACGAGGUCAGCGCCGCGGAGAGUCCCGCGGGGGCGGCGUUGGCGUUCCAGGCGUUGCUCAGGGAAGCAAGAUCGGUUCAGCUGCUUCGAGCACUACCGAUCCGCCGGAAGUUGGGCGUCCACUCGGUAUCCAGGGUAUUGGGUACGAUUUUCGGGAAGAACACGACGAAAGAUCGGAAAAAGAGGCCUUCGUUGAGCAUAUGACGCCUCCUCUGCGCCCUCCUCCUCGGAGGUCGUGACGAACCAGGCAGGAGAACCGACGUGGUGGUUCUCAGUAGUAACGUGUACGUGAACCGCUGACAAGAAUCGGGAACAAGAUCUUUUCUCGCUAUUUGAUGAGCAACCUUGAAGGAUUAGUCCUUCGGUUCUGAAGAAGAGGCUUGCAGUCAGGUAAAAGAAAAAAUUUAAAAAAAAAAACAAGAGAAGGAAAAAAAAACAUACGAAGUGUGAAACUUCAAAGGACUCGUCGCGUCCUCUGUCCAGUUAAUAACUGGAUCGUAGUAAAAUGGGGAGGGUGCAGGAUUCGUGCACGUUUCACGCAGGAUCUUCCCCCCCGGUUCGUAACGAUCGAUCUCGAACGGCGAUCGUUUCGCUGGGAAAUUGGCCUGGCAUUCGCGUGAGAUCCUCGCGUAGAGACGUCGUUUCACGCGGCAUCCGGCAGCAGGGACACUCGUGAGAAAUACAGUGGAUGGAUCGGGCAACCGGGCCGUGUGAAAGACUGCCGGCGACCGUGGAAACGACGAAUGGCUCGUGAAAUCGAAAUGGAAACGGAGUGUAUUGCUGAACGAGAUAAGCCUCCCUCCCUCUCGAUCCUCCCUAUCCUCGUUUCUCUUCAUAACCGCGCUUAUUUGUCCCGUGUUUCUUUUUCUACCCCUUGCGUUAGAGUGAUCGCCUGUCCAGGCUGAAUCCAUCCUCGGCUCCGGCCUCGAGCCGUCGAACGAUUAGCUGGUAUAGCCGGUGGAAGAGAUAUACCGUGGCAGCAGUUUAUUUACGAUCGAUACUAUAUUCUUUCCUCCGACUAUACCCGAGUGCGGCGACUAUGCUGUUCCUGAACGAUCUUAAUAUCGUAGCUUUAAGCGUCUCCUGCUGUGAUCUUGGGAAGCGGUGUUAAUUAUUAAUAUUGAAAAAUUGAAUUUUUGGAUUGGAAAUAUCGUUUCUCAGACCACUGCGAAAUGGAAGGAUCGUGUUGAUCGCUUUUCUAAAGGAAAAGCGACUAAUUUUGACGAUUCUGAGCUCGUUUCUUCAUCGCGGAACCGGAAACGAGCUCUGAGCGCGGGGACUGGCGUCGCCUUUGAAAAAUAGCCCGAAAGUCUUUCAAAUUUCGCAGCCUCCGUGGAAUAUGGAGCGUUCGUUAACGCGCCUUUAUUUUUUUUUUUUCUCGAUCGUGUUCGAUCGAAACGAGGGAAUCGUUCAAUGGAGAAUCGUAUUCGAGAGUCGCGAAACGACGAGAAUUGAUUCUUGACAAGUCAUUCGAUCGUUUCAUAAAUCAUUGUGGAACUGUUGACAAAUCGAUUGUGAAAACAACGUCAACAGGUUGACCCACAAAUAAAUGAUUAUUUAUGUGAUAAUAGAGUAAACAGUUUUGAAUUUCGCGUAAUGUUUGUGAAGUUUGUUUCGUGAAACAUAGCAGGGAUUUAUCAAACGAUUCAAUGGAUAUGGAAUCGAAAUAUUUCAUACAAUUUUAGAAAAUUACUAUUUCUUUAAUUAAGAAAUCUGAUUAGAAAACCUUUCAACUUCGAAACUUUAGAUAUUUUUCGAUUCUGUAUUUUUGGUAAAAAUCUCAGCCUCGUCUGAAUUGCUCCCUUUCGUCGUUUCCGGCUGCCAAGAUCCCCAGAUGAAAAUUGACACGAGACGCGAGUUUCCGUUCUCGACAUCGAAACUUCCGAGUUCCGUGUGGAAAAUCGAUUCGACGACCUUAAUGUUCCUACUGAAAGUAGCCUAAGUGUACAUAGCGCACGUAUUGCCGGUUAGAGCAAACGAAGAAGAAUCGUAAAGUCGGUCGAUAUACAAUAUAGAAGUUAAGUAAACAGGAAGGAGGGAGGUUGCAGUCUUCGAGUGAAUUUAUCGUCACAUAAAUCACCAAUCGAACCGUUCAGUCGAUAAACGUGUAUUUAUGCAUCGAGGGCUGAGGUUGGAACAUUAUCAAAGCACAGAUCAAUAAUAUUUUCAAUUUUUUCAAAUUUUCAAUCUCAUUUAGACUGCUUGGAUGAUCCUUGUCAUUAAUUUACCAAAUAUUUAUUGACAACGAUUUUCAUCAAUUUUUUUCUAAAUUCAUCUUCUUCCAAAUUUGGUCCACCCUUUGCCCAUCGAGGUGUAAAUGAACCUUAAGACCUGAUCCACAUUAUAAUCCACUCGUGAUCCACUUUAGCUUCGAUCAAAUACGAUUUUGUUUAACCGAGAUUAUAUCGUUGAAUCAGAUCACGUGCGAUCUAAAUUAAAUGCAAUAAUAUUUGAUCAAAUUUAUAGAAAAUCGCAAGUAGAUUGUGGAUUAGGAUUAGAAGGUAUGAAUUCAACCUCCUAUCGUCGCGAUUUUUCUCAACGCGACGAGACAAUAAUUGACCAGGUUGGAGCAUUUUCUUUUUUUUUUGUAAAAAGAUGAUCGUUUCUUUGUUUCUUUUUUUUUUACUACGGUUAAAUGAACACGUCGAGUUUAAGUAUCUUAAGCGUAAAUCGUGUAAUUUUCAGUGCCUUUCGUGUACGAGACGUUCAUCUGAAAGCUCGCAGGCUCACCUUUUCUCCUCGCUCUUUCAUCUGGUUCAUCAUUUUUUUUUAUUUUUCUUUUUUUUUUUUUAUUUUUGUACCCGUGUUCGCUGGAUAAGAGAAAGGAUAAAUAUUUGCGCAACAUCGACGACGAUAAAUUGAAAAAGUUCGUAAAAAUUGUUCGCAUGGUAAAUAUUGUUGUUCAGGGAUGGAAAAGGUUUAGCUUGCGAGCCACGUGUUGACGAGGGAUGAAAGUAUAUAUGUGCUUCCAGAGCGUGCCUAAAAAAAAUACCGAUACAUUCCAGAACGAUGUGCGAAUAUCGAGGAGAAUCUAACGGGCGUGAAUGUGUGCAUUCUGAUGGGUGUAAUUCUGUCUUUUUUUUUGUUUUUUUUUUCUCUCUCUCUCUCUGGUGGAUUCUGGCCGAUAUCGAUCGCUGUAUUUUAAGUGCUAGUCACUUGUUAUCGUACAUUGAGAAAGAAUAAAAUUCUUUUGUUAAA